AAAAACCGAUAGUUAUCAUUCUAAUCAGCAAAAAAUUAUCGGCUGCCAUAGCAACGCUCUCUUCUCAAAUUACUUGAAAUAUUUCACUUGCAGUAAUUUUUGUGAAAUCUACUGUCUAUUUUUAUUUGUGUCUAUCAAGAUGGCGAAUUUUGUUUUCGUGUUCGUUGCAUGUGCUUUGUUUGUCGUCGUGGUUUCCGAGGCCGAUAAAUUUCAAAGCAUCCAUUCAAAUGAGAGAUCAUCUGAUCUACCUGAAAAAGUAGUCGAAGAUUUCUCCGAUUUUGUGUAUGUACGUGAUGAUGUUAAUGCAUCGGUAUCCAAUUCAGAAAAUGAGUUCAAAAAUACAAUAAGUGGAGAAUCAAGUUCCAUAAAAGAUGCAACUUCUGUACCAAGUGAUCCUGAAGUUCAGCGUAACCAUUCAAAUGGAAGAUCAUCUGUUCUAUCUGAAAAAGGUAUCGAGGAUGAUCAAGAUGGAAAGGAUUCAGAAUACAUACCAGUAGAUGAAGAAGGAGUUAAUACACAUGAUGACUUCAAAGAUGAGUCUUCAACUGAAAUAUCUCCGUCAUCUCUCCCUCAAUCAACGCCUUCUGAUGAUGUUAGCGUAUCAGUUACCUCUUCAGGAAAUGAAUUAAAAAAUACAAUAAAACUCUCUAGUUUAGAUGAUGGUAGCUUAACGACAAACAUAACAACUGAUAAAUUUAGUUUAACAUCUGAGGAAAAGCAGCAUUCAAACACAGAAGUUUUAAGUAUUUCAGCGAAAACAAGUACCUCAACUUCGACUGAUAUUUCAACUAACUCAAAUGAUGCAAGUUCAACAUCGAAAGCCUUAACCGGCAUAAAUGAUAUUAGCUCUACAUCGGAUGCUGCAACUAGAUCAGAUGAUGCAAGUUCUUCAACUGAUGCUUCAAGUGAUAAGUCAGAUUCAAGUUUUGUAUCAGGUGUCAGUAUCUUUCAUACAUCUGGAAAUGAAAUUUCAAGCACUGUAACGAGCCUCUUGAGUACUAAUUCUGAUUCGACUUUAGAUAAUGUUUCAAAGUUUAGUACUACGCCAGCAGUUUUAAAAGUUACAAUCACUUCUUCUUCUGAUGCUACAUCAGUAGUUUCAGAAGUCUCUGUAAGCGCUUCUACUUCUGAUACUACACCAGCAGAUUUAAAAGUUUCUACAAUUACUUCUUCUGAUGCUUCACCAGCAGUUUCGAAAGCCUCUACAAACAUUCUUACUUCUGAUGCUACACCAGUAGUUUCAGAAGUCUCUGUAAGCGCUUCUACUUCCGAUACUACUCCAGCAGAUUUAAAAGCUUCUACAAUUACUUCUUCUGAUGCUACACCAGUUUCGAAAGUCUCUACAGACACUGUUAUACCAACAGAUUUGAGCUCUUCAACUGUAAUUUCUCCCAAAAGUACGACUUCUACAGAAGAGCUAGUUUCCAAUACUGACAUGACUGUAAUCACAUCUGAGACUACGUCAAAGGAUAUUAAAACGACGGCAUCAAGCCAUGAACCCUACAUUGAUAAAUCAACUACCGUAACAGAAGAAACUUCGUCCGAUUCCUCAACAUUUACCACACCUACCAGUACUUCUUCUGAAGUAACAACAGAACAUUUACAACAUAUUAUAAUGCCUGGUUUGAAAAAAGUAAAACUGGGACUAGCAAUAACAUUUCUGACUGUUGCAGUACUAGCAAUGGCAGUUAUUAUCGUAUUUAUGAUAAAAAUGAGAAAAACAUCUGCUGGUUACGAAGAACUAAGUUUAGUACCUUAAAAUUAAUCACUCAUAGAAAAUAAGACAGGCAAAGAGUCUUGACAAUAAAGAAUUUGGUCCUAUUCAUUCUAUUUAUGAAGAAUAAAAAACGAAUAUGGGUGACAAUGUAAUUCGAUGCAGAUGAGUUUGUCAGACUAUUAUCUCUGCUUAUUUCAUGACAAUUUUAGAGUUCUAAACCUCUUUUUCGUAAUCAAAAUAAUUUGCUCUUUAAGGAAUUACUUAUAUUACAUACUAUCAGAACUAAUAUUUAUUUUUCUUACGAAUAAAGAAAUCAAUGUGCUUAUAGCUUAACCACCACUUCUAUUUUAAAAGUAAACAUUACGCAAGAUAGAAUAUCAGAACAUCGAGGAAAAAAAGUUAAAAGUGGAGGCAAAAUGAAGAUAAAAGCUGCUUGCCAUUGUUCUAAUUUGUUAACCCUAAUGCAUGUUUUUAAACAAUUGAUAUUCAGUAACUAUCAAGAAAAAGGAGAGAAUUUAAAUAUUUUAGAAAAUAUAUUUCAAUAAAAAAUGGUUUAGGGUUAAAUGUACUCGAUGUUUUUUCAUUUUAGUCAAUACUACAAUUUAAAGAAAAAAAUAUUUAUCAAGAAUUUGAAACUUCAAAUCAUUAUUUUUCAAAAUAAUUUAUUUUCAAACAGUUUAUAUUUACAAGGACACACAUUUAAUUCAAUAGAUUUAAUUUCAUCGAAUAUUCAUAUUCGACGAACGAACAUUAUUCAUAUGAUAAGAAAUAUUAUUUUACUUUAAAGACACGUUUAUUUCAUUUGAUAUAAUUUUUGUCGUAUUAUUAUUCAUAUGAUAAAAAAUAUUAUUUUACUUUAAAGUCACAUUUAAUUCAAUUAAUUUUUAAUUCAAUUGAUUUAAUUUUUAUCGAAUUAUUUUUAUAUGAUAAAAAAGAUUAUUUACUUUAAAGUCACAGAAAAAUAUCAUCUUUAAAAAAGGGUAUUUAUUUGCCUAUAAACUAUUAGAAAACGAAAAUAUUUCAGAAAAUCUUGUACGUCAAAAUUUUCUUAUUCUUUAACAAUACUUCAAACGUCAAGGGGGCUGUUUAUUAUUGAAUCGUACUUAUUACUAAGAUAAUUUUUUUAAUUAAUGUGUUUAUUUUGUUCGUGAAAUUUAUAAUUUCCUAAUAUAAUGUUUAUAUAACAUCUUCUUCACUACUUAAGUAUAAAGGUAUAUGGCAAAAAAAUAUUUUACAAUUCCGAAUUUCUAUUUUACUGCCAUAAGUAAUAUUAAGAUAAAGAAAAUAUGAAUUAUACCUCCAGGGGGCUAAUAAAUUUAAGUCCACAUACGUUGACCUCAGGUUUUAAGUAAGUAAAAUGAUAUAAAUAUUUCAAAUGUUAAAUUGCACCUGGAGUGGGAAUGAAUAAACAUGUAUAUGGUUAUAUUAUGGUCCAUUUAAAAACAAUGAUAAAUAGAUUUAAUAAUUAUAUAGAAGAAAAAUAAACUUUAA